GGCUGACUCGCAAUGGCUCCCCUCAAUCUUCUCAUGGUCGGCACCGGCGAGUACACCACUGGCUUUGUCGGUGGUGGCAUGUCUGGCUCAGACAAGAAGGUUGGCGUCGUUGGGCUGACCAUGUUCGACCUGCGGAGGAGAGGGAAGGUCGACAAGUUGAGCAUGGUGGGCACAUCGGGCAACAAGUUCCCCGCCAUUCGCGAACAUCUCCACAAAAACAUUACCCAGGUCUACAAUGGGCUCGACACUUCCUUCUCCUCUUUCCCCGCCGACGACAAGCGUGAUGCCGAUGCCUACAAGGAGGCCAUUGACGCCCUGUCUCCCGGCGAUGCCAUUACCAUAUUCACUCCCGACACCACACACUUCCCAAUCGCCCUCUACGCAAUCCAGCGCAAGAUCCACGUCCUCAUAACUAAGCCUGCCGUACAGCUCCUGGAGCACCACCAGAAGUUGCUCGAGGAAUCGCGCAAGCACGGCGUCUUCGUCUUCAUCGAGCACCACAAACGAUUCGACCCCGCCUAUGCCGAUGCACGCUAUAAAGCGAAGAACCUGGGCGACUUCAACUACUUUUACAGCUACAUGUCACAACCCAAAUCGCAGCUGGAGACGUUCAAGGCCUGGGCCGGUAAGGACAGCGACAUCUCGUACUACUUGAACUCGCACCACAUUGACAUCAAUGAGUCCAUGGUGCCCGACUACAAGCCGGUCAAGGUCAUGGCAAGCGGGGCGAAGGGAAUUGCCACGGACCUCGGCUGUGCGCCGCAGACUGAAGACACGAUUACGCUGUUGGUCGAUUGGGUGAAGAAAUCGGACGAGUCGAAGAGGGCCACUGGUGUCUACACUGCUAGCUGGACAGCACCACAGAAGGCAGGCGUGCACAGCAAUCAGUACUUCCACUAUAUGGCAUCCAAGGGCGAAAUCCGUACCAACCAGGCAAAGAGAGGCUACGAUGUAACCGAGGACGACGCAGGUUUGGUCUGGUACAACCCAUUUUACAUGAAGUACGCACCGGACGAAGAAGGAAACUUCGCUGGCCAAACUGGCUACGGCUACAUCUCGUUCGAAAAGUUCGUGGACGCUGUUACCACACUAAAGGAAGGCAGAGUCACUUUGGACGAGCUCGAUAAGCGGGGUCUGCCUACGUUGAAGAACACAAUAGCCACAGGCGCCAUCUUGGAGGCCGGUCGUAGGUCUCUCGAUGAGAAGAGGCCAAUCGAAAUUGUGGAGGAGAAUGGUGUGUGGUCAUUGAAGUAAAAGGAAUGAACAAUAGUGACAUCGUCUAUAUGUCUACACGGCCAAUUUUAUGUUCGUUUCGCUUUUAAGCCAAGGGUAAUCAUAGGCACCGUGCUCUCACAUAUCGUCAAACUCAC